AUGCCCCUAUUUAUAACUAUACGACAGGUAUCCAUCAAAAAAGCGCGCCAGGAGAAGGAGGAGGAGGAGGAGGAGGGGGAGCUCGCGGCCACGCCGCCCGAGGAACAGGUCAAGAUCCUAAAGGCCAAGAACAAGACUCUUGAGACCAAGAUCCACGAGUACGAGUACAACUAUCGUCAUGAGAGAGAUGCUCGCGCUCAAGCGGACAAGAAGUGGACAUCCCAUGUCAGUCACAUUUGGGAAGUGGCUCGCCCUGCCAUCAACAGAGAUCUGAAGGCCCAGGGAGAGGAUGAGGAGUGGGAGGAGGGCCAUUUGCAAGGAUUCUUGUGUUGGGAUCAUCUUGAUGAUGCUGCCAAUGCUCUGCUUGGGAUUGAGCGGGAGGAGCCCGGCUCCCAGCGAUAG